AUGGGUGGCGUGAGAGAGAUUCUCAACCAAUCACGCCGGACUGGAGAUCUCAAUCUCUCUCACUAUUUUUGGGGUUUGGCAGUUGGAGACGAGGCGGACGAUUUAUUAAUUCAAGAGAAUGCCAAGAUCGAAGAAGGAGAAUCAAGAUUUUCAACACUUUGUCUCUUCUCACGUUCUGCCCUUCUCGUUCUUUUCUUUCCUUCUCGUUCUUGUCCGCCCCAACUCGAUCUUGUCGUUGUCGAUCAUCAUCGACCUCCGGUCGCCGCCGAUCAUCCAGAGUUGUCGCCGAUCGUCCACCAAGCCGACCAACGACCUCUCUGCAAAUCUCCUUUCUCCCUCUCCGACCAGAUAAUGGACAAAAACCUCACCACUGUUGUUGAUUGUGAAACAACUUUAAAAAUGAAAAAACCAAAAUUCGGAUGGGAUAAUCGUAGCUUCAUGGCGUUUGUUGAUUCAUGUGUAACUAAGAACGCACAUUUGAGCGUAUUUGAUGAGAAAUAUGCUCUUUUGUUUCGGGAUUCCGUUGUCGUUGGAGAUCAGACUAUGACUCCAUUACAGUUUCAAAACAAUAGCAAUCCGAACGGAGAAAAUGUGGAGGGCAAAGGAGAUAGUGAUGAUAUAAAUUUAGAUGAUGAUGUUGAGCCGCUUUUUCCUAGUUUCCAUGAAAGUAGUUCGACUAAGAAGAGAAGCUCUAAGCUUGCUUCCAACAACCGUUCAACCAAGAGUAAAAGUUCAGUUUUUGAAGAAAAAGUAGAUGCUUUAUUGGAUGCCAUAUCAACAAAAAGCACACAAACUUAUCCACAAAAUAAUCCUUCUCCAACAAUAGCAGAAUGCAUGGCCAUUGUUACCAAGUUUCCCGAUUUUCAUGAAGGGUCCAACGAAUUUUCACAAGCAUUGUUUGUGUUCACCAAAAAGCAAAACUGUGAAGCUUUUAUGUUUCCAACGACUGACGAAGCCAAGAUGGGGUUGUCUCUUAAUCACUCGACAUCACAAUCAAGUUCUAGCAGUCUUAUGUCUGCUACUUGUGAUACAUAUAAUUUAAGUGGUCAGGAACUGAGAUAUCAACACUGCAGUGCAUGGGUGUCAUUGCACUUCACAAUGGAAACAUAUAGUUCAACAUAUGCGGAGGUUGUGUUUCCUGUGCCAGUUCCAGCUGAAUACAAAGAACUAGAUGAAGUCAUGAUUGUUUUACCACCAUUAAUGGACAAACGACAAGCCGUACGACCUAAAAACCAUAACCGUAUCACAUCCCAAUGUGAAGGUCCGAUUCAAAAAAAAAUGUAG